UGCGCAACCUGAUUUGAGCUAUAAAAGGGCAGCAGAGCCGAUCCUUGCUGCUCAAGCUGUAGUGAAGCAGAAAGAGUCGCGAAACAAAAAGUUGUAUUUCAGUUUUGACAAGAUGGGGAAUGGGUGUUCGAGAACAUCAGAUCAUGAUCAUCAAGGCUCGACAACAAUCCUUAGCAUUGAUGGGGGAGGAGUGAGAGGCAUCAUUCCUAGCAUAGUCCUUGCAGCUCUUGAAGCUAAGCUUCAGAAGUUGGAUGUGGAAAACAAGGAUGCGAGGAUUGCAGAUUAUUUUGACUUUAUUGCUGGGACAAGCACAGGUGGUCUUAUGACUGCCAUGCUUACUACUCCGAAUGCAGAAAAACGACCUUCGUUUGCAGCAAAAGAUAUUGUCAAGUUUUAUCUGGAGAAGAGCCCACUCAUAUUUCCUCAAACCACCAAACAGUCACUUGAAGACGACCACCUUUUCAAUAAUGAAGCUGCGAUCAACUCUUUAUUCCAUGAAGCAAAAAAGCACGUCCAGCAAUGUUACCACACGAUGUGUCAUGAAAUUAUAGAUCAUCUGAUAGCUACACUGCGGUAUCUUUCAGCGUGCACAUGGCUUCCUAACUUCUUGCGUGAGAGACUUGGAAAGACUCUACUGUUUCCAAAGUAUGAUGGUGUCAAACUACAUGAGGUAAUUAACGAAGAAAUGGGACAGAAACUUCUCAGUGAUGCGCUAACUAACGUGAUAAUCCCCACUUUCGACAUCAAGCUUUUUCAGCCAAUCAUAUUCUCCAGCUUAGAGGCACAACGUGAUAAGUCAACGGAUGCUCGAAUAGCAGACGUUUGCAUUGGCACGUCAGCUGUGCCAUCUUACUUCCCUCCAUAUUUUUUUAAAACAACCGUUGAUUUCAACUUAGCUGAUGGCGGUCUGGCAGCCAACAAUCCUUCAUUGAUAGCCGUGUGUGAGGUGAUGAAAGAACAAAAGACGGAUCGUCGUAAGCCUCUUAUUCUUUCACUUGGAACUGGUGCAACAAAUCAAAGUGACAGGUAUGAGGUUGGACCAGAUCCCAGAGAAUGGGGCAUCUUAAGAUGGCUUUGGUAUAGCGAGAACAACGGCAGCCCAUUGAUAGAAAUCUUGACAACUGCAUCGGAUGAGAUGAUUUCCACGUAUAUAUCCUCAUUCUUUCAAUAUUGUGGUUGGGAAGAUGACUAUUAUCGGCUUCAGGCUGAGAUGAAACUCUCUGACGCCAAGAUGGACGAUGCAAGCCAAUCAAAUUUGAAAAAUCUUGUGAAGAUCGGUGAAGAUCUUGCAGCAAAGCACGAUGCCGAACUUGAAGCCCUUGCGCAAAAAUUGAUUGAGAACCGGAAAGCUCGCAAUAUGGCAAGCAUGGCUGUUUGAUGAUUUGUUAAGUACACAAAUGUUUCUCCUUUGAAGAAACUAUGAUAUCUACUCAUUUUUAUAGCAUAUGUUUUGAUGAUUUGUAAAAUAAUUGGAGGCCUGCAAUAACGUUAGUGCUGGGGUCAACAUGAUGUUGAGGGUAUCAUUGCAAGACAUUAGACAUCUAUUGUGUGUUUCUUCUUUUGUGAGUUUGUGUCGAGCGAUGAGUUUCGUGUUCGAGUUGUGUCAAAGUUCGAGUUUCAUGAUUCUUUUAAUUAAAUCUUUGAGAUUUUAAAAUUAA